AUGUCACCCACCACAGAGCCGAGCAACCCAGCGGAAGAAAGGCUGUUAUCCUCCCGAUCUAGCAGCUAUGAAAAUGACAUACUGGAGGAAAUCGCUUCCAAACAGGCGCUAGACAAUUAUCCCAGGGGGUUCCAGUGGAGAAAGGUCUUCCAGGGAAUCAUAUAUUCUUUAUCGGGAGGCUUCAUGGUGUUUUUGUUUCCGUUGGCGGCAUACCUCCUGGAAUCGCGCACAAAACUGUCCCCAGUCGUUCCAGAAUGGAGUAUCACCGACAAUGGUCAAAACUUUCGCGCCUGGGAGCCCUCUUCAGCCUGCGGGAACACGCCCGAGAAGGCCCGCGCAGCAGGAUGCAUCUACGAUGACGUCCUUCUUCACUGGAUGCCGUCACGAUGUUCGUCGCCGGAACUCAUUGACGAAUUCGAACACGUAUGGCCGUGGAAGUUCUUCAAAGACCAAAAUGCCACCCAGCCAAUUACCCUAGCUCAAGUCAUGGAAGGCACGCAGGAUAUCAAAUGGGUGUCUAUGGAUCUGCACCGUUGGCAUUGCGUGGCAACAUGGAAGAUUCUGAGCAGUGCUGCACGAUGGAAAACGACCGUUCCGGCCUACGCCAUUAACUGGAAUCACUCGGUUCACUGUGCGGAUCAUGUAUUGAUCAACAUGCAUGCCGAGGAUCCUUUUGCUAUCAACUCACAUCUUGACAUUGAGUACACGCCCUGCGUGACGCUUGCCGAGGACAAAUCAUUAGAGAGGGCAAGAGAGUGGUGA